GGAUGACUUCUUACCAAGUUCAGAAGAUGUAGAUUCUUUUAUGAAACAGCCUGGAAAUGAGACAGCAGAUGUAGUUCUUAAGAAGUUGGAUGAGCAGUAUCAGAAGUAUAAAUUUUUGGAACUUAAUCUUGCUCAAAAGAAAAGGAGGCUAAAAAGUCAGAUUCCUGAAAUUAAACAGACAUUAGAAAUUUUAAAACACAUGCAGAAGAAAAAGGAUUCCACAAAUCCCAUGGAAACCAGAUUUUUAUUGGCAGAUAAUCUCUACUGCAAAGCUUCAGUUCCUCCUACAGAUAAAGUUUGUUUGUGGUUGGGGGCCAAUGUGAUGCUUGAAUAUGAUAUUGAUGAAGCUCAAGCUCUGUUAGAGAAGAAUUUGUCAACAGCCACAAGAAACCUUGAUCUUCUAGAGGAAGACCUGGACUUUCUUAGAGAUCAGUUCACCACUACAGAAGUCAAUAUGGCUAGAGUUUAUAACUGGGAUGUAAAGAGAAGAAACAAGCAAGACCCUUCUAAAAACAAAGCAUAGUUUUGCCAACUUUAAAUGUGGUUUCAAUUUCCAAACAUUUUUUAUUUAAACACCCCCAAAGUUCAUUCUUAAGGGACUGAGUUACUUUACGCAUUUCAGUAAAUGGUAAAAUAUAUGAAAACUCAUGGCGAGCACCAUUUUAUUUAUUUGUAACCUCAAAAUUUGGUUUCAUGCAUGCUUCAUGAAAUGAUUUGAAAAGGCACCACACGGUCCAGCAGAGGACAUAAUAUUUUGAUCAGUCUGUCAUAAAUAAAUUUCUGUCUGAAAUCUUGUCUGAAAAGUUGAGGGGCAUGUAUGAAAUGGAGUCUGACAUUGUAGUGGGUCGAGGUGAUGCAGGGGCUUGUUUUUCAUCUCUCUGUGCAGCUGAUGGAGUUAAUGUCAGCUUGGGCUGGGAAGACACACAGCUGUAAUGUUCUAGGAAACUUACACACAGUGACGUCUUGAAUUUUGUUUCAGUCAGUUAAUUGGCAGCAUCAGCCUGCAAGCAUUCCUGGAUAUCCACUUUGGAUAAACCUGUUUUUAAUAGUUCUUGGUUAGUUAACUGCCUGUCACUGAAAUCUCAGCACUUUACAUGCCACAGUUUGUGACCUGUCUUCAGAGAAUUAAACAGCACAAGUUAUGUCAACUGCAGGUGAUCUCCCCCCAUUGUUUUUCAUACAUGUGUGCACCUUGCUUAGUUUUGCAAAUGGGUUGAACAAGGACAUCCAAACACUGACAGCCUGUAAACAGCAGCCCCCUAUUUACCAUCCCUUAGACAAGAUGUCCAAUUCCAAUGUCUUAACACUGAGCCUCCCAGGUGGUGAAAUCUGUCUUAGGUGAGGAUGGUUUACUGAGGCACGACUUCUGGUGUUAACAGUGGGAAUAUUUUUUUGGUUCUUACAAAGCCUUGCAAGAUUAUUGCCUUUUACCUCCACAGAUCCUUUCUAAAAUGAAAUGCUCAUUGGUGAUGUCAGUGGCUGAUGUUCACAUUCUGUGACAGAAUACAGGUUUUGCUGCAAAAUAAAUGCAAAUACUAACUGUUUGACCUUCAUGUAAGAAACAAUAUACCUGUAAAUUUUUUGUACUUUUAUUUCAUGAUAUUAAAAUAGUAAAACUAAGCAGUUGUGG